AUGCAGGAGUCAAAUUUCCCGCCGUAUUCGCCCGAUUUUAACCCCAUCGAGGAAUUCUUCGCCGAGCUGAAGGCCUAUAUCACGAAGGCUCGAUCAGUAUACGAAGAGAAUCCUGGCCAGGGUUUCAUGCCUUCCUUCGGCGGUGUGUAUAUGAAGUUGGUGCAAAACAGGACAGUGCCGAAGGUCACUUUCGACAUGCAGGGAUAA